AGACACAUCCACGUGAAACCUUAUUUAAUUUUCUUUGCCAAUAUAAUAAUUAAUCCCCACACCUGGCAUAUUAUAUUCAUGCAUACGUAGAAAGUGUCUCUCUCUCUAUAUAUAGGGGAGGAAGCUUGGGAAAGGGUCAUCAUCAACUCAUCAUCAUCAUCUACUUGAAAGCUUUCUUUGAUAUAUUCAUUCAUAUUCAUAUACAUAAAAUGGGGAUGAUCAUGAGACUUGUUGGGAUUUCAGAAGCAAAGAAGAAGCUCGCAAGGACGCUCUCUCCCAAGAAAGGGAGCAUUAGGGCGACGAAAGACAACGACAAAGCCGCCGUCCCAAAGGGGCACUUUCCGGUAUACGUCGGGGAGGCGAGGCGGCGGUUUGUGGUUCCGAUAGAGUACUUGGAGCAUGCUUUGUUUCAGGAUCUGUUGGAGUGGGCGGAGCAGGAGUUUGGGUACGAGCACCCUACCGGCGGACUCACUAUCCCAUGCACUGAAGACUACUUCUUGAGCCUCACGUCCCUCCUCUUGAAAUCCAAAUGAAUCUUCGGGGAUAAAUAUAAUAUAGCCGGAAAGCUAGCUAGCUAGGGUUAGAGAUAGAGUACGUAGUUUUGUGUAGCGAUAGAAGUCGGACAUUAUUUUUGCCAUUAUGCAUGCAUGUUGUAUGCAUCUUUGCUAAAAUAAUUUCACGUAGUGAUUAGUUCUGACUACUCAAUGUUAACUCGAAGAACUGUGUGCACGCACUAUUGACAAUCAUCAAGAAAUUAUGAGAAUCACU